AACGUAUUUUGGUUGCGCUAAUUACUCCAAAAGUAGCUAGAAAUGGCUAAACUGCAAUGGCUUAACAUUUUUCAUAGCCCGAAACGGCUAUGAUAAUUUAACAUUUCUCUGUUACGACUCCGUCAUGCGCGAGCUCAACAUGUGUGGGGAAGCGGUUAAAAGUGAAAUGUUAAAGUGAAACGGUUAUACUGAGAAAUAGGCACUGAGGCUUUAUACGUAUAAGAUAAGUUGUUGUUAUUUGUGUUUGUAACAGUAACUGUAAAAACACUGAACACGGCAGACAUCGCAGCGGGAAAAAUAAAACAGAAAAAGCUUAACCAAACAACAAACGGCGUUGAUACUAACGAAACGAAACCGCUGUGAAAACGCAAAGUAAAAGACAAGCAAAAGCAAAGACCUAAGACCAGAGACCAAAAGCAAAACACAACUCUGCGUUUUAUUUUGUGCUUUGAGAAAUACAUUUUUGUUUUGUUUUUUUGUAAUAUUUAUUGUUGUGGAAAUAAUUGGAGAAAAAGAAAAUCGUUGACAUCUAAUUGGAGCAACUGCAGCAGCUAAAGCAGAAGCAAGCGCGCGUUGUGAUAAGCGACCGAAUAUAAAUAAAUAAUACAACAAGAACAACAAUAACGGCAAGGGGCGGCAAGUAAAAUUGUUUAAAAAUAAAAAUAAGCGAAGAAAACAAAAAGGCGCGCGCGCACUCUGCAGGCGUAAAAAUUUGGUGAAAGUAAUACGCGCGUGUGCAACAAUAAAAAAUAAUUAAAAUAAAAACAAACUUGGACUCUCCAAACCCACCCCGAACACACAGAGACACACACACACACACACACCAAGUCACCCACCAAAUGAUGAACCGAUCGAGCAGCUUCGUCAGCUCACUGAAGUGGUGGCCAUUGCAAGGUCACAAUAACCAAGCUACAUCUGCACAAACUGUAGCAUCCGCUGCCGGCAGCAACGUCGCCGGUUAUUCGCAGUCAGCGCCCAGCUCGCCCACAUCCAACUGGCCGCCAUCUCUGCACCUGUUGCAGCACCAUCUCCACAAGCCAAGCGCGGGCAGCGCCAACGUCAACACCACCUUCGGCAGCAGUGUGGCCGUGCAGAAGCUACGCGAAUCAAAGUGGUUCAAGCAAGAGGAGCAGCGCAUCUUUUGCGCCGUCGUCGAGUGCGGUUUCAUUGUCGAAGUGCGCAGCAGCGCUGCUGCCGAAGCAGCUGCUGCCGCAGCAGCUGCGGCCGCUGCAGCCUCCGCAGCCAGCGAUAAUGAUUCGCUGGACAUUGAGUGUCCAGCACUAACACUGGCACCACCACUAGUUAUACCACGCAAUGGCAGCAGCAGCAUUAGUUUCUUGGAAACCCAGGACGAGAAUGAGACACCGGUGGCUUCAUGGUAUGGCAUUGUACUAUGCAAAGUGGCCAAAGACAACAAACCGAAACCGGAAACCAUUGAGAUAUUUUCUGUGAAAAUACGUGAGAAUGGCACUUACAAACUGCUGAGAAUGUCACUAGCCGACAUUUGGAGUCACGGCUGGGAGUUGCGUAUUAAUAAUUUUGCGGAUAAAGAGAAAACUCCGCACAAUGAAAAGGACAUACGCAGUCAGUUGUCGCUGGCUCGCAAGGCUAGACAAAGUCUAUGGAAUAAUAACAAGCAUUUUGUUUAUUGGUGCCGUUAUGGCAGUCGCCAGCAGGAUGUGCGUAAGCGCCAGAUGUCGGAGUGCGUUAAAUGGGGCAGCGUUGGCAUGAAUGCGGGCAUGUUGCUGGUGCUCAAUAAUAGGCAAAAAUGCUAUUCCCACUCAAAGUAACUAACACACACACACACACACACACACACACACACACAAACACACAUACAAAAAUACCAAAACAUAUACUCUCUAUAAAUUGUGGUACGUUUAGUGCCGUCAGUUUAAACAUAUACUAUGCUACAUAAACAACACACACACACAUACAUAUACAGCUAUACACUUGUAUGUACAUUCUGCUUCUAAUUGAACUGCUAAUCAAAAGCAAAUUGUGAUAAGAUAAAUCAUCAUGUUUAAAACGGUAACAACAACAACAACAACAACAAAUACAUAUAUCGACAAAAUAUUUGAUGCAAAUUUCUAUACGCUAUUGCGUAUCAUUCUUGCAUAGAGCAUAUAUCAAAUGUACGUCAUAAAAAAAUGCAUUUCAAAAUUGCAUAUCGUAUGUUUAUAUCAUAACGUAAAAAUCAAAAGACAAAAAAUGAAUGAGAGAGAAAAAGAGCAGGCUCUAAAGUUUGUUGCUUGACAGUAUUACAAACUAUUGUUUUUUUUUCUAAAUAUUUUUAUUUGGCCUAAACAGCGUGCAUUACACACACACACACACACACAUCGCUGUAUUACAUUGUCACAAAAAUAAGUGAGCAUACAUCAAAUGUUUUUUACAUGUUCAGUUGCUGUUGCAACUCGAGCUACUCACACACACACACAUAAAAUAUAUACA